AUGCUUUGCCCGAGAGGUCACGCUACCACUUCCGAAGGAAGGAAGCUAGGCCUCUUCUCCAGGCGUUACUGCGAUGUUUGUGGAGAGAAGGUGUCUCGCCGAGGCGGAGUUUACUAUGAAUGCGCUGCUGGCUGCGACUUCCGAGUUUGCAGCAUAUGCAAGAAGGAGGCCGAGAAGAGUAAUUACUUCGUGGAGCCAUGCACGUUCACGUUUCCUGGUGGGCUUGGUCCUUUCAGUAUUCAACGAACAAGCCUCGAUGGCUCGGAUCUCUUCCGCAGCGAUCCGCGGUCACGCAGCGGCUCUUGGAUCUUGCGCGACACCUUCUUCCAACGUGGCGGAAGGAGUCUUCGAAGAUGCUGGCAAGCCUUGCAAGAGAAUGGUGUUGCGAUCGAACUGCCGCAAAAAGGCACGGGCAUUGCAGUGGAUCUUUCGCCCAUAGCUCCGACCAAACUGUGUUCAGAAGUGCGCAGGGCGAGCCGUAUUCCUGACGUACCCGGGGUUCUGGUGGCUUGGAUGUAUGCUCUACAGCUCGAGUGGCACAUCAUCUUAGGUGAUUCAGAAAGAGAAGAAGACGGCACAGCAGCGGACUGGUCGUUUCUGACGGUUGGCGGAUUUGUUCUCCUGCAGGAGGAUGAGAACUCGCAGCUAAAGGUGUUGUGCGCAAACUCCGUAUCUUUUCACCCAAGUGGCCCUACGCAGUUCUCGGCUCCACAGCCGUGGUGUUCUGAGUGGACUCGCAAGCUUGCCGAAGCCGGGCGCUUCCGAAAGGUCACCGUCCAAAAGUGGGCCGGUGCUGGAGCUCGAUACCUCUGCUGGAUUUGCCCCGAGGAAAAGCUACUGAGACCAGGGGCUCGGCAUGGGGGUUUCGUCUUCCUUUUCCACGAGCUCGAUGAGGAGGACACGGGCGGCAGGGAUCGCUUUUUCGAAGUCGUUGGGGCGCCUGUGACCAGCGAAGCCCGCACCCUCGAGCUCCUUUCUCAAAUUCCAAAGAGGUCUUCGCAGCCCGAGGUUCUGCAGUCAUCGGCCCUUCCUUUUCGAGUCGUCGGUGAAGUGCUUCCGGCAUCCUCCAAGCACAUGGAGGACCUUCGCCAGCGCUGCUUUAAGGCUGCCUCCGACGGACGCUGGUCCCUCCUGGCGCACAUUCUGACGGAAUUCCCGGCAGUAGCGCAAGCGCAAAACGAAGAAGGUCAGACAGUGCUGCACAAAAUAGCUGCUGGACGCCCAAAGACACGGCGUGCUACAGAACUCCUUCGCUUGAUCCAUUCGCAGGGUGGGAACCUUGAGGCGCAGGACUCGUCUGGACAGAAGGCAUACAACCUGGGCGAUCAGAUCUUCCGAGCCCAAGCAUGUGAGAUUUGGGGUCUCGUUCCUGACCUGUUUGCUGACCCAGAGGUUUGGUUCGAUUAUUGGGAUGCGAACAAAGAUGGACAUCUGUCUCCAGAGGAGUUAGCGCCUGCCUUGGCAGCUGCCUACCAAGUAGGUGAGCUUGGCAGACAGUGGAUUGAAAGCUAUGUGAACACUCACUACCGUGAGAUGGCUGCGCUCGACCCGAAUGCUCUCCUCACUAAGUCUGCUUUUUUGGGCAACGAAGGUCUGCUACACAAGCUGCAGUCCAGUGAGGAAUUCAUUAGUUUGCGUGGGCAAGAAGACAGUCCUGGUAAGAAGAUGCCAGCAUUGUUUAAGACGGAAGGUCGCAAGAAGCCUACUGAAGCCGACAAGGAGGCAGUAAAGAAGUUCUCCAAAGCUUUGGAAGAUCUGAGGGCAAAGCAUGGGUGGAACAGAGCUGGGAAUGCGGCACCCUCCCAUGCAAGACUUUUGGAAGUGUCUGGUCCUUUCCCUGGUGGAGACGCGGAUCCAGAACAUCGCAUGAAGGCAGCCAGGCAGAUGUUGGCUUGGUCUUUUGCGAAAACAACUGCCAGAAGCGGCAAGGAAUGGAUGCACGGCUUUAAGAUACAGUUCACUGGGGACGAUGCCGGCAUUGACCAUGGUGGACUGACAAAACGUUGGGUGCAGGAAGUGGGUCAUGCCUUAUGGGCAAGUGAGGAGUUCUUUGAUACGAAAGCUUCGGGCAGCUUCUUCAAGCCUGACAGCACUACCGACAUGCGCAUCCAUGCUUUCCAUGUCAAGGCCGAGUCUUUGUACAGAUGGGUGGGCCGCUUUCUCGCCUACUCUUUGUAUCAAGGCUGCGUGUUGGACUGUGCUCUGAGUCCCUGGGCCUUGCGCUGGCUCAUGCGGGUGAGUGAGACGCAAGCAGCGCUGCCCCCGAUUCUGGCAGCUGUGGCAGGGGACUGGCAAAGGGAGGGGGAGGACAGCCGCAUCGCUACCAUCUCUGGAAGGGUCCUCCUGAGCCAUGCAGAUGAGAACGGCUUGCCUCCGCAGAUCGCUCUGCAAGUCUCAGAAUCAGGUGAUGCGCUGCAAGCAGAGUUCGAUGGAGAGUCCCUGACAGCCAGACUCGCAGGCGGUCGACUGCGCUGGAGUGAUGGCGAUGUGUGGGUUCGAUGCAUCGACUGCCCAAUACCUCGCCAUGCUGCCCUGCCGGUGUGGGAUGACACGCCGGCAGGUGACGACCAACUUUUGGAGGAUCUCGCAACAAUGGAUCCUGCCUUUGCCAACAGUUUGUGGAGAGUCCGGUAUGAGAUGCCCGACGAAGACCUGCAAUGGCUCACCUUCUCCUACGCCGGCCGAGAGCUCGUUCCAGGAGGCGAUGAUGUCGAAGUCUCUCCGGAGAACAAAGCAGAGUAUGUCCGACUUUGCUGCAAGGCAGCUUUGUUAUACUCUUCUCAGAAAGCACUGCAAGCAUUUAGCGAUGGAUUCUUCGAUGUCCUUCCUCCAAGCCUUUUCUACGGAGCGCCUGCUGACGUUUUUCAGUGGCUCCUGCUUGGCGAUGCCCAGAUUUCGGAUGUGCAGAUCGAGAAGCUCGAGCAGGUUCUGGUGCCAGAUGGCCUGGUCCCCAAGCACCUCAAGGAUACCAAGGAACUCCAGACAUCGCUGGCCUGGCUGUUCAAGAUCAUCCGGCGAGGGGACUCCAAGUUCAGGUCGAGGCUUUUGGAAUUCUGGACCGGGAGCGAGCGUUUGCCCCUUGGUGGCGUGGAAGCUAUCGAGCCGAAGCCCAGGCUGCAGGUGAUGAUCUCGCAGGAGAAGCCCCUUUUUAGUGCAAAUUUCAUGUGGGAAGUGCAGCUGCCCAACAAUUCGUGGUCUGCCUAUAGCCCUGAAAUCAGCGGAAGCUUGAACAACACGCUCGAGGCCGGUUUGAGGAUGUUGGAACUCCAAGUGGGCCGAAACAUGUAUGUCAUAGACAUACGUGCCAAGGUUCAGGUCAACCGCCGGACCGGCGACCGACGCAAAGUUCGACGCAGAAAGAUCGACAUGGCAGCUGAUGACCGCACUGAAAUGGCGAUCGUGAAGAGGAUCGAAUCGUGGCCGGCAACACGCCUGCCGGAAGGGUGCCGUGGCAAAUUGUCGACAGCGUCUUUUCGCAUACUUGCGGAAACGAGCUGUGGAUCCCGCUCUGCGACUCCGAGGAAGACUUGGCCAAAGUCUCAGAAACCUACGCGGAGAGGUUCCGUCUUCGAGCAGCUGUCGGCAAGCAGCAUCUCAGUGCAGGAUUCACAAAGGCCAAAGCGAGCCGCUGUGGUGGAUGCCCAAGGGUCGGCCACAAUGCCGGCCUUGAUGCGCCAGGAGGACCAAGAACUCGCGGAGACCCAUGAACACCGGCCAGUCGGUGUGGAUGGACUCUGGGCGAGGUUUUUUGGGACCAGCGGUUCCUCGAUUGCGGAUGUGGUGAGAUCAUCUGCAGAUUCCGAAGAGAAUGCCACGCACUCCGUCGAGAGCAAUUCUGGAAAGUCUUCGCAGCACAAUGCCAGCAAGCUCGGCAAUGCCACGCGGGACGCCCUGGCCAAGCUUAAGAAUUCCAACGUCUCGAAGCUGACUUUCUCUGAAGAGGACUGUGAGGACACCUGGCAGCCAGAGUGGAGCUCAAAAAGUCCAGCAGAAAACUGUGAAGAGUGGGCGCGAGAUGGUGAAUGGGGAGCUCUCUCCAACGCAGCCUCAAUGAAAGGAGCUUGCAAAGGCGAUUGGGCCCAGGAGAACUGCAUGGCCACUUGUGGAUGUAAGGCGGUGCUGAGCAUGCAGCUAGACAAGGCGAUCCACGAGGCGGUGCGAAAUCUUGGCUACAGCUCUGCGAAGGACGCAGAGCUGCAAAACCUCUUGGAUGACAUGGAACCUGCUGCAAAGAGAUCUCUGAUGCAUGUGCUGGCAAGCUCGGUAGCAUCCCAGAAUACAACCGCUAGUCCGCGCACCAACACGUCCACCACGUCAACUACAACCAGUCCACCGGUCCAUGCGCAUGCGAUUCUCGACGUGGUGUCGCAGAUGGGAUUUGAUUCCAAGCAGUCUGCUCAGCUUAAUGAAACACUGCAGCUCAUCGACCCGGACCACUACGAUGACAUUAUCGAAGUGCUGAAGCUAAUCUGGAAAUUGCACAUCGGAACCUCGACUACCGGGCCGGUAUCAGAACAGGAUGUUCUCGAAGCAGCUGCAGAUGUGGGCUUGAAGAAAGAGGACAUCCUGUCUAUCAAUGCUACCCUUGAUGGCAUCAAGCCGGGGCUUCAUGACGAGAUCCUCAAUGCGGUCAAUGAAACGGCUGGCCUCGCAAAGAGUAUCGGGGUUGAGAGGACCGGGAAAGCCAUCGUGCGGCAUCUCCGAAAUCUAAGCAGGCCCAGCCGGCAGAACUUGCCGACAAAAGAUGAGCCGAACGAGUUCGUGAUCCAGGCAGCCACUCCAGAGUCACGCGAAGCGUAUCGUGAGAGGCAAGGCGAAGAUGCGCACGGAUUUCAUUUCAAGGUAAGCCUUCCCGUGGAAAGAGUGGUGUCCUUCAUUGAAUCCAGGGCACAAGUUGAGAUCGAGGAUCCAAGGACCUUGAGUUUGGUCAUCGCUCGCGUGGCAUUCAGUUGGCCGAGACCCAGCUGCUCCAAUGAAGAAAGUGGCUUCACGGACUAUCGUCUCUUGGACUUCCAUGCCGGAGAGGUCACGAACGAAGGAUCUGACUGUGGAGCACUUGUCGCUGCAAGUGUGGACAGAGAUGGCAAGACUCGCCUACCGAAGACGGGAUAUCAGGACUUAUUUUGGUUGGCGGGAAUGUUCGGCACCAAGUAUGUCAACAGCACUGGUGGGGCAGAGGUGGCGGUGAAGGUCUCCCAGCUGGUCUUCCACGAAUUCCGGGAGAAUGGUGAUGUCAUCGAGUACAGUAUCUGUGGUCGAGGCUCGUUCGUUUGGAAGGAUCAGCACUUCUACCUCGGCUGCCCCACAGACAUUCCAUUGCAGAUCCUACAUCCAGAUGGGUGCUUGGGGAGAGCUGUCAAGCUUUGCAACGGCAAAGUGCCAUCAGAUGAUCCGGUUGUUCAAUCAAGAUGCUUUGAGGUUUGA